ACGGUGGUGGGGCUUAACACUUGAAGGCUCUCAAAUGUCUCAUAGCCUGAGCAUUGCCAAGCCCCCACCCCAAACACUUGACCCCUGCUGACGUAGGCUGUCCAUUUACAUUUAGGGACACCGGCUCACUCCAUUCUUAAUGCCAUUGCUAUUGUGGAGAGAAGCAGGCGCCAGGGAUACAGUUUGAGAGAAAUAGAUUUAUUUUAAAUCAUACUUUGCUGAUCUUAUUUUACUUUUACAAAAUCUUCAUAACUGGUUAUUGGUUUUGAAUGUUUGCCUUGUCGGAGUCGGGGGGUUUUUUGUUUCACAUUUCUGUAUUUAAAUUAGUUUACUCACCAACUUGGAACACUGAAAGGUAGAGCUGGCUACGAUUUUUAAAGAAGCCUUUUUGUCUCUGUCACGGACGUUACUAGUCCUAUUUUUGUCUGAGGUCGGUGUCUUAACGUGAUUUUUAUAUCACUGGAAGCCAUGAGUGCCUUGGUAAUGAAAACAGUAGGAGAUGACAACGGUGCAGGCUUUGACCUCAUCCAAAAUCGGAUUGAGUCACUGAGCAGCAAGAUGGACAAGCUCAUCAACAUUCAAGAAAAGGUCCUUAACCGACUGGAUGGGAUGUCUCAGGACAUUGACGGCAUUGAAAAGGAUAUGGAGAAUCUGAAGGUUGACAAGGAGGAGAUCCAUCUGCCAAUGAGCCAGACCCAGGUCGUGGGGCGAGAAGUGAAGGAGAUAUGCCACGAGAUGAGCACCAUCAUGUCGGUGGUGAACCAGCGCUCCGAGCAGCAGGCUCAGAAACUGGAAGGGAUGGAAAAGCUGGUCCUCAGCAUGCAGCAGGUGAUCGGCUUCAUUGGGGAGACGGUGAAGAGUUCAAGGAUUAUAGAGCUGAUACUCAAAGGCCCCACAGCUCGGAAGGGCUCCAAACCCAAAGACAGUAAGGGAAAGCAAGCUAUCAAGGGGAAAACGUCUACAGAUACAAUCACCAAGAAGCUGGACAAGAGAACUACCUCUAAUAAAACCGGUAAAGGGAAUCAACAGAUAACUCCUGCAUGUGAGCCCAGUACUCCGCAGCUCUCUCACAAGAAAAAGCUCCAUGGACCAAAGCAUUUCCUCGCCUCUCGCAAAUGUGGAAAAUGUAUAAAAGACCAGAAAGGUAAAGAUGGGACAGAGAAGCCUUGUUUGAGCCCCAAGAGUCAAAAAGCUCAAAAGAGGAUAAAGCCCCCAGACACAGAAGAUAAUAUCUCUAUGAAGAAGCAGGUUUUGCUUCUCCAAGAGGUGCAGAAACUCAACAGGGCAAACACUGAGAAAUCAGACCACCAGCUCACCACUGGAUAUCUUGAUUUGGAGGCUGGAGUUUCCCCCAAAGACCAACAACUCAAUGCCUCCGGUUGCAAUUUGGUGGACUACCUGCGUGAAGAUUCCGAAGCGGCUGAGAGCCACGAGGUUGUUGAGGCAUUAAGUGAGGAGGAAGUGGGGGCAGAGGUACCUGAGGGAGAGGCAGGGGUUACAGGGCAGGAACCCAAGCUCGAUGUGAAGGAUGCUGUGAAAGGGGAUGAAGAGGAAACGCUCAAAGUCACAGAGGAGAAGGAGGAAGAGGAAGCUUCUGCUGCAGACGAAGUAGCCGAAGCCCCAGAGCUCCCUGCUGUGCAUGACAAUGAAAAAGAACCAACUGCUGCUGCAAGCCCCGACGACCACAGCCCAUCUGAGCAAGACCAGAAAGUGGAGAUCAGCAGCACAACUACCAAGACCUUUGUGACAGAGGAGCACUUUUUAUUGGCGGAACCCACAAAGAGCCAAGCAUUGGUGGUGGAGGAGGAGAAGGAGAAGAGAGAAGACAACGACGAGGACGAACAUAAGCUGGAGUCUGAGGGCUGGGCCGUCUUUAGGGCGGAUGGAGUCGAAAUCCAGUUAAACCUCAAACAAAGGGUGGAGAGAGAGAGGAAGGCAAACGAUGCAGCAAAGGAGGAAGAUGACGAUGCCGAGCGGUACUUAAUUGACACCAUUCCUCCGCCAGGGGCUCCUUUUAAUCACCGCAUUGUGUCGGCCAAGCCCAACCAGAUCAGCAACUUCUACACCAUCAACUGGCAGGAGGUCCUGGGCGGGGGUCGCUUUGGCCAGGUGCACAAAUGCAUUGAAAACUCAUCUGGUCUCACUUUGGCAGCGAAGGUCAUCAAAGCCAGGGGUCAGAAAGAAAAGGAGGUGGUGAAGAAUGAGAUCCAGGUCAUGAAUAAUCUGGACCAUGCCAACCUGAUCCAGCUCUAUGCAGCUUAUGAGUCAAGGAAUGACAUCAUCCUUGUACUUGAAUAUGUUGGUGGAGGGGAGCUGUUCGACAGGAUCAUUGAUGAAAACUACACUUUAAUGGAGCUGGACGCUUUGGUGUUCAUCAGGCAGAUCUGUGAGGGCCUGCAGCACAUGCACAAGAUGUACAUCCUACACCUGGACCUAAAGCCAGAAAACAUUCUGUGCGUGAGCAGAGUCACAAAUAAGAUCAAAAUCAUCGACUUUGGUCUCGCCAGGAUAUAUAAACCAAGGGAGAAGCUGCGGGUGAAUUUUGGCACUCCAGAGUUUCUCGCUCCUGAAGUCAUCAACUACGACUUUGUGUCGUUCAACACAGACAUGUGGAGCCUUGGCGUCAUCACCUACAUGCUUCUGAGCGGUCUCUGCCCCUUCCUGGGUGAUGACGACAAUCAGACUCUGAAUAACAUCUUGGCCUGUCAGUGGAACUUUGAGGAACAAGAGUUUAUAGAUACAUCAGAGGAAGCCAAAGAUUUCAUCUCCAGGCUCCUUAUUGUAAAUAAAAGUUGGAGGAUGGGGGCAUCCGAAUCAUUAAGACACCCUUGGCUGUCUGACUCAGCGCUCCAUCAUCGCCUUCAUACGAAGAAAACUAUGUGCAGAUCACGACGAUCGUCAUGUGUGCCCACGACUGAUAGUUGAGGAAUAAUUUCAAAUCGUCCACAAGGGGGAAGCAUGUCUCAAAUUUUGAGCAUGGCAGAGAAAAGGGAUUCAGUGUCUUCCUGUCGAAGAGAGAAAGUCCCAAUUGUAAUAAUUUCCCACUUUUUUAGGGCUCUGCAUUGAUGUGACAGCUCCAGCUGUGGCCACUCGGACCAACCCUCCUGUCAAUGUGUGUUACCUUCAUUUCAGUCAAUGCACCUGCGGCAUUUUUUCCUGAAAUGUAAUCCUCUGUGUUGUGUCCAUGUCACCAGUAAACCAAAGCAAUAUAUAAGAGUUUUGUUCAUAUUGGAUUUAAUAGGUGAUAGUCGCAGAAGGCAUUUCACCGUGCAACUUUGGCCGAAAAUAAAUUGCAAAGCUAGAGCAACAGCACGUGAAGAAAAAUCGGAAGAACAUCCUACAACAUGUAUCGUACAGUAAACGCGACCUUUGUGAUGAUUACAGUACUCAGCUAUUGUUGGGACUGUGUCAGAGAUGUCAACUGUUGAGUUUUAUGUUUGUGGUGAUGGUUUAUUGCAUUAUAUUACUGUGUAAGGUGUUUUUUUCCCCUAUUCAACCUGUUGAAGAUGGCAAUUCAAAAAGGUGCAAAAGUCAUAAUCUGACCAUCAUUAUACACAUAUUGUCAUAUAUUACUGGAUGAGCUUAACUGUGUGUGGCACCUUUGUCUUGAGAGUUGAACGUGCACAUUGUGCUGUAUAUAAAACUCACCCUCACAUGUACCACAUAACCACAUUCACUGGACUGUCAUUGCUGCUGUAUUCAUAUCCUGCUGAAUAAACUUACAUGUUGGGAAACAUACCUCAAAUUCCUCUACAUGAAGGCUACAUCAUGAUUCAGUUGAUAUGACUGUAAUGAUCUGUGAUGCCUUCCUCCCCUCAGUUAUUCAUAUUUUUGGGCUGUAAAUAGAUGCUGUACUGUAGAUUAAAAUCCACAUUUUGUCAUAUCUUAAAUAUCUUGUAUGUUGAACGUAAGGGCAGAAUACAAUUUUUGCGGUGGGUGUCGAGCUGUAGUAUGUGCACUUUAUACUGUUAUUUAUUUAAAUUUAUGUUAUACCCUAACCUGCCGUAGUACCAUAGGAAAGUAAUGUUGAAAAGCUCAUGUCUCCUCCAUCUGUUUCACCGUAUUUUGUCCUGGUGUUUAUGAAGAAAAUACGUUUCACCAACACAGUUUUUUUUGUCUUAUCGACUAACUGUAUUAUUUUCUUUUCUUCUUGGUUGCAUGUCAUUAUAUGUUUAUGUGCUAUCAGCCAGUAUUAAGAGUAAUUACUUAGGCGCUUUUUCCACGUUACAAAGAUCUAUCUUUCAAAUACCUUCCGUGAAGGUCCAUUAACUGAAAGCAGUACACUACCUACCUAAUGUUGCCUCGGUGCGUACCCUCUUGUUAGAACCACAUUUAUGUGAUGUCAAUUUAACUUCAUGAUCAAUGUCACAUUGAUUGUUGUUGAACACAGAGUGAUUGUGAAAGACAUUGUCCUCACCAGGUGUUAACAGUUUUCAAAUUCAGCAUGUGUUUGUGAAGUGUAUACACACCCAUUAAACUGAAAUUGUGUCAUCA